AUGGAUCAGAACCUGCUUCCGGACGAAGACGUCCCUGCCGGGCAACCCGAGCCUCAUCCAGACCCUCCCGACCCUCCCGGCCCCCCUGAGCUUCCUGACCCUCCCGAGCCUCUUCCAAACCCUCCCGAGGGCGGCAUUCCGCUAGAUGCCUUUGACGCCCUACGCGCGCCAGCUGAUACGAUUGACGACUUGAUGAGCGACCUGAAUCGCUGGGGGAAGCUUCAUGGACUUCAUUUUAUCCGCGCCCAGGCUAGCAACAAAGACAAGGCUGGAAACCCCCGACGAUUCGAAGUCCAUUGCGAUCGUGGCCGGGCAACUGCCAAGCGAGGUGCUGGUAUUCGAAAUACAUCAACCAAGCGGAUCGAAUGCCCAUGGAGAGGUGUUGCGAAUGCCCUCAAAGCCAACGACUUCUCCUGGACCUUCCGGCUUAGCAACAAGCAAGAAGAACGAGUCCAUAACCAUGGCCCGUCUCUCGAUCCAUCAGCCCACCAAGGCAACCGCGGCUUUACCGAGGAGCAAAAGGGCUUUAUACGAAUAGCGGCAAGCCACCCAGGUGUAGGAGCACGGCAAAUUGGGUCACAGUUGGAAGCAAAGUGGCCAGACCUACUCUUCAAGGUCAAAGAUAUCAACAACGAGCUCCAGUAUCAACGUACGGCUGAG